AUGAAGUUUGGUAGUCAAUUGAGGGCCGCCUUACAUUCAGAAUGGGCAGAAUAUUACGUGGACUAUGAUGGGUUAAAGAAACUCCUCAAACAAGGCGAGAAAAAAGAGGGAGGUUAUACUGAAAAAGAUGAAUCCCAAUUCGUUGAAAAAUUAGAUAAGGAGUUAGAGAAGGUAUAUGCUUUUCAAAAUUCGAAAUACGCUGAGAUAAAGGAACGGGUUCUUCAAUGUGAAAAUUCCUUAGAAGCCAUUGGCAAAGAUCCGUCUUUGAAUGUUCCGGAAAGAUAUGCUGAUAUCGAACGUCAGAUUAAUCAAAUCACUGAGGAAGUAAACGAAUUAGCAAAGUAUGCAAGAUUGAAUUAUACGGGUAUCGUAAAGAUCGUAAAGAAACAUGACAGACGAACAAGUUACAUCCUCCGCCCGAUGUUUAGCGUUCGUUUGAACGCGUGUCCAUUCUUUAAAGAAACUUUCGAGCCGGUAAUUGUGAACCUGUCUCGACUUUAUCACAUCGUUCACAGAGGUUUGGGUGGAGACGAAGUUUCAAGUGCACAUGAUUUUACAUCCUCUUGGAAAUCUGCGACCAUAAUUCCGUCGCAAGAAAGAUUUUUACGUCAAUCAAAUAAAUACUGGGUUCAUUAUGAUAACAUCAUGGAAGUGAAAACCACCAUUUUGCGUCAUCUUCCAGUAUUACUUUACAAACCAGGUUCCGACUCAUCGGUACACUCAAUCUAUUUCGAUAAUGAGUUGUUUGAACUAUAUCAAGAUAAAGUUGAUCGUAAACCUGGCGAUCAAGUUAUCAGGCUAAGAUGGUAUGGCAGUAAAACAUCGACAAAUGAAAUAUUUGUUGAAAGAAAAAUCCGGGAGGAUGGUGAAGAUGAAGUCAAAGAUAGAUUCUUGAUCAAAGAAAAAUAUAUCGAUUUGUUCUUGAAAGGAGAAUAUUCAAUGGACAAGGUUAUCAAAAAAAUGAAAGAAACCCCCGGAAAAACCGAGGAGGACAUUCAGAAUUUCCAGAAGUUAGUUAAAGAUAUUCAAGAUACCCUCAAAAAUAAGAAUUUACAACCAGUCCUUCGCACAUAUUACAAUCGAAUGGCAUUCCAGAUUCCCGGUGAUUCGCGUGUUAGGAUUUCGCUUGACACGGAGUUCUAUAUUAUUCGCGAAGACAACUUCGAUAACGGAAAUCGUCGACGAGAUAAUCAGUGGAGAAGAACGGACAUCGAUGAUGACAACUUUAAUAAAUUGCCACCUACGGAAUGUGUUAAGUUUCCCUAUGCCUUGUUGGAAAUAAAGUACAAUUUAGCCGAAGGAGAACAAGAACCGGAUUGGGUUAAAGAACUGGUGGGAAGUCAUUUGGUUGAAGAGGCCCCACAAUUUUCGAAAUAUGUUCAUGGAGUUGCAACGCUGUUUACCUCCAAAGCUCCUUCUUUACCCUAUUGGCUACCUAACAUCGAUAAAGACAUUCUCAAGCCUCCAAAUGUACGUCAGCCUGAUGAUAAUGAAGAACCGGCAUCUUCAUCAUCGAUCUUGAUUACACCCGGACGUUCAAGGC